ACACACACACAUCACGAUCUCCUCGCUCCUGGAUCCCAACCAGCAAAAAAGAAAAGCUUCUCAAUCACCGAUAAUGACCUGAGCCCGCGCCGCCCCCCCCCACCAUAUCCUCUCUUCUCUUUCAUCUCUCUUCCAUCCUUUCCUCUCUUUGUUCUUCUCUUUGGCCCCUUCCAUCCACUCCUUCCCCUCUACUGAUAGCCUGUUGUUUCUGUAGAAUUUGUUGGUGCGAUCUACAUAUAUAUAUAUAUAUAUAUAUAUAUAUAUAUAUAUAUAUAUAGAGAGAGAGAGAGAGAGAGAGAGAGAGAGAGAUGAGGCCAUUAUCCAUGGCUGAUAUGUUCUGGAACAUGAAGAAGAAGAGUGGGCUGGAGAUGGCCAUCUGGUCGGCCAAAACCGCUUUCCUCCUGAUAGGCUUCGCCGCCGCUGUCGUCUUCGCCAGCCUCGCUGUUGCCUCCUCCCUCGGCCUCCUACUCUGCAGCCUCUGGAUCGUCAUCCAGAUCAUCAUCGUUGCUAUCUGGAAGCUCUCCGAUGCCAAGCCCCACGGCGACCAGCCCCACCACCCCGAGGUCCCUGUUGCCCCUCCUCCUGACUCGCCGGAGACCUGGUACGACGUCCCUUCCUCCCCCACCACCUCCACCGCCAGUUCACCAGAAUUCAAGUCCUCGCUGCCACCGGAACACGUCAAUCCACCGGAGCCGUCCGUGACGGAGGCGGCGGCGUCGAGCCCUGAUGAUGGCAGCAACAAUUCAUUGGACGGGAUAUGGAGGGCAGUCAUGGAGGGCGGCGGGUUGCCGGCAAAGCCGGCGUUGAGGAAGAGCGGCACGUGGGAGAGGCGGCAGAACGUGGCGGAGGAAGCGGUGGCCAGGCGGGAGAUGAGCAAGUCGAAGACGUUCAAGAAGGAGGAGGGCUGGAGGAGGAGGGAUGUGCUGGUGGUGCGUCAAGACGAGCUGUUCCUGCGCGUCGAGACGCUCAUCAAGAAGCACCACGACCAUCUCCGGAUCCAGCGUCAGGAGUCCGAGCAGCGCCGCUUCUUGGAGAGGCUUCGCCACAUCUACUAGCUCGCGCAUUGUUUAUGCUGGAGAUGGAUGGUGGAGACGGAUAUUUCACUCUUAAAGCUUGGUAAACUUCCUUAAUUACUGGAUUGAGGUGUUAGUGUGCUGUAUAUAGUACAUAUAUGCUUUGUGGAAAUAGCUAGCAGCUGUAAUCGCAAUUUCAAGAGGCAUCCAUACGACUGCUUUCUAUGGUAAUUAGUGUACUCUUUGUGAUCCAAACGACAUGCCUCUCCUCCUCAUAUUUUCA